GCGACUUCACGCCGUCUGGGAGCGGGUACUGCUGUGAGGAGGCGCCGCGCCCGCCCACCCAACUGGAUCUGCGCGUAGCCGGCAGAGACUGCGUGCGCCCUCGGAGGCGUCGGUGCGGAGCCCCGGAUUCCGGGGCAGCGGCUGCGAUCCUCGGGGGCUGCUGGUUUCUUCAUAUUGUGGAAGGGACUGGCUGUUGUAACCAGCUCUCCAGAAACCCCACUUGGCUGUAACUUCAGGAAGGUCUCCCUGACCUCCCUCUCACAUCAAACCCACUUUUGAAGCUGCUUGAGAAAAAUGGUGUGACAGUUCCUAUCAAAAAGGAUCAUCAGAAACGUAUAACUUCUCUGACAAAAGUGGCCCUUUUUCCCUUUUGCAAAAGAGACAUUCUCAAAUUCCAAAAUGCCAGCCAAGACCCCAAUGUACCUGAAAGCUGCCAAUAACAAGAAAGGAAAGAAAUUUAAAUUGCGGGACAUUUUGUCUCCUGAUAUGAUCAGUCCUCCCCUUGGAGACUUCCGCCACACCAUUCACAUUGGCAAAGAGGGCCAGCAUGACGUCUUUGGAGAUAUUUCCUUUCUUCAAGGGAACUACGAGCUUUUACCUGGAAACCAGGAGAAAGCACACCUGGGUCAGCUCCCUGGGCAUAACGAGUUCUUUCGGGCCAAUAGCACCUCUGACUCUAUGUUCAUAGAAACGCCCUCCCCUGUGCUCAAAAAUGCCAUCUCCCUCCCAACCAUCGGAGGGUCCCAAGCACUCAUGUUACCUUUAUUGUCACCGGUGACAUUUAAUUCCAAACAGGAAUCCUUUGGGCCAGCAAAACUGCCCAGGCUUAGCUGUGAGCCUGUCAUGGAAGAAAAGCCUCCGGAGAAACGCAGCCUGUUGGAGAAUGGGAUGGUCCAUCAGGGUGAUGUCUCAUGGGGCUCCAGCGGGUCUGCGUCUCAGUCCAGCCAGGGCAGGGACAGCCACUCCUCCAGCCUCUCCGAACAGUAUCCCGACUGGCCAGCUGAGGACAUGUUUGAACAUCCCGCCCCGUGCGAGCUUGUCAAGGGAAAGACUAAAUCAGAGGAGUCCCUCUCUGAUCUCACGGGCUCCCUACUCUCCUUGCAGCUUGAUCUCGGGCCUUCAUUUCUGGAUGAGGUGUUGAAUGUCAUGGAUAAAAACAAGUAACAAGACGCCUCCAGCAACGUUCCUUUGGGGUAAAAGUUAUUAACAGCAACAGAAUAAAUGAACCACAGUCAAAGAGAAGAGCUUCACUGGCUAUAUCUGCAGUUGUGUGAUGGGUUUUCUAAAAUAAUGUUCCUACAAAAUAUUUUUUUACCUGUUAUGCCCUGUUUGCAAAAACAGUUAAAAAAACAAAAAACAAAAACAAAACUGUCCUGGCAACCAGAGGAAGUGAGUCAGUUAGAACCCAUUUUCAGCAAGCAUGGCUGAUGUUCAGCUCACAUUUUUUUGUUUGUAGGCAUAUAAGAAAUCUGGCUUGGCCAGGAUGGGCACUAGCUACGAAGGGCUGCAGAGUCACAUUGAGGAACUUUAUAAUACUCCGGCAUUUUCUGAGCAAGAAGUCAAAUUUAUUUAACACCUAAGCCUUUUUUUCUAAACUCUUUUCUAUAUUGUUUGGGUUCACCAAACCAAAUUCUUCAGUGUUAAAGCUUUUCUCUGUUUUCACAUUUGAACGACUUUAUGGGUUUGGGGGAUUUUCUUGUAGCUCUCAUAUAUCCCUAUAUAUUACAUCAAUAUUACGAAAUUUUGACUGUCAGCUACAUGUUGGUAAGAUACAAGCAAAGUAUUACUGUAACUAAGUUAUUUUUAAAGUUAAAAUAUAUUUUUAUGUGCCUUUGGCUUUUUAUUGCAGAGUCUACAUUUUAUAGAUAUUACAUCGAAUGUUGUCAUUUGACUUUUUUCCAUUAUAAGCUGUGUAUGUGUAUGUUUGGAAAAGUGUAUUCAUACUUUAGCUUUAUUUUCUUUUUUCUUCAUCUGUUAAUACUUUUCAUAGCAGCCAACAAUGGAUUGUAAAGCGUAAAGGCACAGGUUAUUCACGAUGCUUCUGCAGAGACUGUGGGCUACACCACAUAAUGUUCUUUGAAAAUAUGGGUAUUUUAGUACAGUACAUACUUGCAUUACAUAGGUACUUCAUGCAACACAAUAAAGAGUAAAUGUUAAAAUGAA